AUGGCAAACGAAGUCAAACUUCUCAGUGGCAGCAGCCACAUGGAACUGACCAACAAGGUCGCCAGCCGGCUCGGCAUCGAGGUCGCCAGGACCAUGUCGCUCAACUACUCGAACCAAGAGACGUCGGUCACAAUCGGAGAGUCGGUCCGCGACGAGGACGUCUUCAUCAUCCAGUCGACUGCGCCCGGUGAUAUCAACAACGGCUUGAUGGAGCUCCUGAUCAUGAUCCACGCCUGCCGGACAGCCAGUCCCAACUUCCCAUACGCAAGACAAGAUAAGAAAGACAAGUCACGAGCUCCCAUCAGUGCCAGGCUAGUAGCCAACAUGCUGCAAACGGCCGGUGCUAAUCGUAUGUCGCCAACCGACCGAGAUAUCCAAGCCCAAGGCCUCCCAUUGCUGACAAUAUGCGCCCUUGCAGACAUCGUUACUGUCGACCUCCAUGCUUCUCAGAUUCAAGGCUUCUUCAACGUCCCCGUCGACAAUCUCUACGCGGAACCCUCGUUCCUCCGGUACAUCAGGGAAAACCUCCAGGUAGACGAGUGCGUCAUCGUCUCACCCGAUGCCGGCGGUGCCAAGCGCGCGACCGCGAUCGCCGACCGCCUCAACAUCCCCUUCGCCCUCAUCCACAAGGAGCGGCCCCGUCCCAACGUCGUGGGCCGCAUGGUCCUCGUCGGCGACGUCAAGGACAAGGUCGCGAUCCUCGUCGAUGACAUGGCCGACACGUGCGGCACCCUCGCCAAGGCGGCGGCCGUUCUCAAGGAGAACGACGCCAAGAGCGUGCUGGCCCUCGUCACGCACGGCAUCCUGUCCGGCUCCGCCAUCGAGACCAUCAACAAGAGCUGCCUGACGCACCUUGUUGUUACCAACACCGUGCCGCUCGGUGACAAGAUCAACCAGUGCCCCAAGCUGCGUGUCAUUGAUCUCAGCCCGACCCUCGCCGAGGCUAUCCGCCGCACCCACAACGGCGAGUCCGUCUCGUACCUCUUCACCCACGCUCCCGUCUGA